UCUGUAGUCACUAUAAAGCCUCCUUCACACUGAGAUAAAUACCGCAAUCGCAGUAUAUGAAGCUCCGCGAUUGCUAGUUCGCUUAGGCUCUGUAAUAUAACAAAUAUUCACUGACAUUUUCGUUAUCUUAUGCAACUCCAGCCAUUGUUUACUUAAGCAAUACCUAGUGAUAACAGUCAUAUAUAUGGAUAGUUAUUACGUAUCAUCUAGAAGAACACCAAUUAUUUGUGUAAGAAUAAUAAUUAUUCAUUGUUUUAAUUGAUGGUUGAUGCCGUGAUUUAAUGUAUGUAAUAGGAACAUUUUAUUAAUCAAGUAAAAUUAUUGAUUGAAGUUAUUAAUCAAUCAAUAGACAACGUGUAAGUUCCUUCAAACUGUUUCAUACAACGCGAAAAUCAAUACAUAAGUCAUGGCAUCUAUUAAUAAAGAGCUAAAAAGUAUUGAUGAGCUAAUAAAUAGAUCUAUAUCAGGCGAAGAUUUGAAAGAAUUUAAUAGAAUUCAUUAUGGAAGAAUAGAUCAUCAUAGCCUGGAACUUAAAAAGGGAAGUAAUAAAACUUCUGAAGAAAAUGAUUUUGAAAUUGCAGCAUAUGAUUUUCCAGCGCGUAAAGAAGAAACAAGAACUCCUCGUACUGUUAGAGUAGGUGUGAUACAGCAUUCAAUUGCAAUUUCUACUAGUCAGCCCAUAAUUGAACAGAGACAAGCCAUUUUUAACAAAAUUUCCAAACUGAUUGAUACAGCAGGUGAUGAAAAUGUCAAUAUUUUAUGUUUGCAAGAAGCUUGGAGUAUGCCUUUUGCUUUCUGUACCAGAGAAAAAGCACCAUGGUGUGAAUUUGCAGAAAGUGUUACCGAUGGGCCUAGCACCCUGUUUCUCAAGAAGUAUGCUGCUAAAUAUGGUAUGGUGAUUAUUUCACCAAUCUUAGAACGUGAUGAAAUACAUGGUGAUCUCAUUUGGAAUACAGCAGUUGUGAUAAAUGAAAAGGGUGUGGUAAUAGGUAGCCAUAGAAAGAAUCACAUUCCGAGGGUAGGUGAUUUCAAUGAAUCAACAUAUUAUUUUGAAGGCAACACAGGUCAUCCAGUUUUUGAAACUAAGUUUGGUAAAAUAGCAAUAAACAUUUGUUAUGGGCGUCAUCACCCUUUGAACUGGUUGAUGUUUGGAAUUAAUGGAGCUGAAAUAGUUUUCAAUCCAUCAGCAACUGUUUCUGGUCUGAGUGAACAUCUAUGGGCCGUUGAAGCUAGAAAUGCUGCUAUAGCUAACAGUUAUUUUACAUGUGCAAUCAAUCGGGUUGGGACAGAAGUAUUUCCCAAUGAGUUCACAUCUGGAGAUGGGAAACCAGCACAUCGUGAUUUUGGGCAUUUCUAUGGGUCCAGCUAUAUCACAGCUCCUGAUGGUACCAGGACGCCUAGCCUGUCAAGAACCAAAGAUGGUUUGCUAAUUGCCCAACUUGAUUUAAAUAUGUGCAGACAGAUCAAGGAUAAGUGGGGGUUUGCAAUGACACAACGGCUGGAUCUAUAUGCCAACAGCUUAAGCAAAUAUUUAAAAGGAGAACAAGGACCUCAACUUAUAAGAGACAAUUAAGGGCUUCAACAAUUAUUGUUCUUGUUUACAAUGAUGGACUCAGAUUAUAAUUUCUAAUAUGUAGCUGUAAGCUAAUUGUGGCAGUUAAUAUUUUUUAACUAAGUGAAAAAUUGAGCACAUUUUUGAAAUGAUCAGAUGGUUUUUUUUUAUUUAUACACUGUUGGGGUAACUUAAAGUUGAAUACUAUUGUAUGUUUUAGAAUUUUAUUUUUAUUACACAAAUUAUACA